CACUCGUUUGCGGAGACAUAAUCGGCCGACGCUCGAUCGAGUCAACAGUACGUCGUCAGUCACGACCGAAACAGCAGCGAACAUAGAACAAAAAUCGUACGAAAAGCAAAUAUCAUAAUUGCAAUCUCAAUAUUCGAUCAAAGUGGGUGAAACAAUCGUUGAGUCAUCGUUCCAACGGUUCGGGUCAUAAACAUGGAUUAUGCGAGAUUUUAUUCCGAAAGGUCGUCCAGACGGCAGGAAAAUUUGAUCCGAAGAUUCGCGGAAAUGCGUUUCGCCAAUCCGGAAGCUAUUUCUCUAGCUGCUGGCAUGCCCAACCCCGAGACGUUUCCUGUCGCAGCGAUAUCGAUUGUCUACCCAGAUAACAUCGUGAAGAAUCUAUCAGGGCCCGAACUGAACGCCGCUCUCCAGUACGGAAGCUCACAAGGGUACGCGCCGCUCCUAACCAAGUACCGAGAAUUUCAGAAAAGAAUUCACAAUCCACCCGUCAAGGACGUGGACGUCAUUUUUAUGCCCGGGUCACAAGAAGGUUUCUGCAAACUCGUUGAUCUCUUUCUGAACGACGGCGAGCCCAUAAUGGUCCAAACACCAACGUAUACCGCGACUCUUGGCGCAAUUCGUCCAAUGGAUCCCGAGUUCAUUGGUAUCCCACAAGACAAAGAUGGCGUCAUUCCGGAAGAGAUAGAGAAAAUCUGCGGAGAUCGGGUUCGACUGAAAAAGCCGCUACCGAAGCUGCUCUACGUGAAUCCGACCGGUGCAAAUCCCACAGGCACAGUGCUUACGUACGAACGAAAAGUACGAAUUUACGAACUCGCUAAGAAAUACGAUUUCCUCAUAAUCGAAGACGAUCCUUACUACUUUCUGCACUUCAUGGACAAGCUACCACUCUCGUUCCUCUCGAUUGACACCGAGGGCCGAGUCAUUCGACUCGACUCGUUCAGCAAAGUAAUCAGCGCCGGUGUUCGCCUCGGUGCUGUCACAGCUCGCAAGGAAAUCCUUGAUAAACUGACAAUGAAUGUCGAAAAUUCAGUUCUGCAUGCUUCCAGUUUGUCUCAGAUGCUGAUAUUGCAGCUCUUCAAUGCGUGGAGCAUCGAGAGAUUCGAGCAACACUUCAGAGAGAUUCAAAAGUUUUACAGAGAAAAGCGAGACUUGAUGUUGGCUGGUGUGGAAAAACACUUGUCUGGUAUCGCGCAGUGGUCCGUACCGAAUGCUGGCAUGUUUCUGUGGGUCAAGGUUCCAUGUGUAGAAAACACUCUGAAAUUAACUCUGGAGAAGUUGGCACCGAUGGGGGUUUUCGUCGUGCCCGGAAAUGCCUUCAAUUGGGACUCCAAAGAGCGCGACGAAAACAUGCGGUUUUCUUACAGCUUCGCAUCAGCGGACGAUAUUGAAAAGGCACUUUCGAUCAUAUCGAAAGUCAUACGGGAAGAGGCCCAGUCCAAAAAGUUGACUAGCGCCUGAUCAUCAUCGAGAUUUUCCACGUAAAUAUCGUAAAGCUAGUGCGACAGGUUCACAGAGUUUUUCUGACAGAAUUUUUCUGUACGAUCGCUGUGUUACCGAUUACAACGUCAAGCACGAAGUAAUCCCAAAAGCGUUGUUUUUCAAUGAACUUUCAGAUCUUCAGUUAUGCAAAAUAUCAAUAAUCGUGCAAUAAAAUUUUAAAAAAUUCAAUUGUAUGUAA